UAGAGGAGAUAUUUUCAACUCGCUCCUAAAACUUAGGAAUUAGGGACGGUUUUUUAUAGGUUAUCGCUAAAGUAUACACUGUAGGGGCGGUGUAUUGAGUCCACCACAAUAGAUGAUGAUGUUUUAUUCAAAUAUAAGCACUAUAUUUGGGGCAGAAAUAAAAGCGCCAUUGUAGAUGUUGCCUCCAAAGACUUCAGUUUACAGUUCGUUGUUCUAAUAGGUAGAAGGACGUUGCAGCCACCGUCUACGAAGACGACGCAGAUCCGCCGCGGGAGAGGGUCGAACAGUUGUUCAAGGAUGAAGAUAAAGAAAUCAGACCAUAUGGUUGCAACUUCCAGUAAACACAAGCUUGACGAGAGUGAUGAAAAUGAAUCCUCAUCUGAAGAGGAGGAAGAGCUAGAGCGUGAACUUGCUGAUUUCUCAUUUGAGGAGCUGCAGAAGGCACGCUCUAAUGGCUUUCAGUCGUUGUAUGAGAAACCCAAUCCAGAGAAGAAGGUUGGGCGAGCAAACAAGAACAGGCCGAUGGAGAUCAGCAGUAAAAAGCCUGUCAGCCGGUUUAGGGAGGUCAUUCAAGUUCCUAAAAGGAAGGUCAGCCUUGCCCCAUUUCCAGACAUUGAGCCUCAAUUCAGACUGAAGCAAUUUUUUGGUGAUUUUGGCUCCACUUGCUUUUGUAUCGAAGGUUGAUUUUUUUGGAAAAUUAGUUGAUUAGUGAUAACUGGAGAAACAUUGUAGAUAUCCAAAAACUGAUAUAUAAGCUGUUUUCUUGAAAAUCACCUAUCU